GAAGAAUGGGAGCCUACAAGUACCUGGAGGAGCUGUGGAAGCGCAAGCAGUCGGAUGUGCUGCGCUUCCUGCUGCGUGUGCGCGCCUGGGAGUACCGCCAGCUGCCGGUCAUCCACCGCGUGACGGGCCCGUCCCGCGUGGACAAGGCUCGCCGCCUCGGAUACAAGGCCAAGCAGGGCUACGUGAUCGUGCGCGUUGCCGUGCGUCGCGGUGGCCGCAAGCGCCCGAACUCGAAGGGUAUUGUGUACGGUAAGCCCAAGCACCACGGUAUCAACGAGCUCAAGUUCGAGCGCAACCUGCGUUCGGUGGCUGAGGAGCGCGCCGGCAACAAGUUCACGAACCUGCGCGUGCUCAACUCGUACUGGGUCAACCAGGACGCCACGUACAAGUACUUCGAGAUCAUCAUGGUCGACCACUCGCACAAGGUCAUCCGCCGCGACCCCCGCAUCAACUGGAUCGCCAACGCCGUGCACAAGGGCCGCCAGCAGCGUGGCCUCACGUCAGCCGGCCGCCAGGGCCGCGGCCUGCGCAAGCGUGGCCACCGCGCCAACAAGAUCAUCGGUUCGUCGUUCCGCCAGAACUGGAAGCGUCGCAACACCCUGUCGCUGCGCCGCUACCGCUCGUAAAUGUAGCGCUAGCUCUCUGUACCCAGAGACUCGCUGCAUUCUGGCUGACGAUAGCCUCACGAACAUGUUGAAUACAUGCGACUUUGCUGCCGAGAUUCGGGCUAUUGGU